AUAGAUGGUGAUUAUCUGACAAAUUGACAGCUGAUCAAUAAUUUGCAGAUGCAUCUAUAAAUACUUGAGCGAAUAUGUUUUGUAGAAAUUUGGGUCGAAGUCAAUGUUAGAAACACAACUCAUCUGCUCAAGUGUCUGUAAAAACAAACAAACAUGUGUUCAUGCUGCUGACUGAACUGAACUGAACCGAACUGAACUAAACUGAGCCCCCGGGAUAUGAAAAACACUUACAACAGCUCUCAAAAUCAAGAGAAUUGCAAUCACUGAUACGAGUCUCAAUGGUAAAUGGUUUUGCAUCAUUUGCAGGUGAAUUGCAAUCGAAUGCUAAGUGAUUGCAGUCUAUCAGCAUGCGCAGAAAAAGGAAAAAUACGAUGAAAUACAAAACCAUGCGAGUCGAGAAGUAAACAAACUGCUGAAUAUUUCGCUACUAAGUGUGUACUGGCAGUUCUCUGUUGGCUACAAAAAUGUUCAGAUGUUCGAUAAUCGCUGAAAUAACGAGACACUAGUCAAAACUCAAUUGUGUAUAAUCGACAAGCAAUAAUUUAACACUCGCCAGUUACAAAAGACUCCCCCAAAGAAUCCAAAACUGAUAACCAACCAUGCCCUUUGGACGCAAGUCACCUUUGGAGGCUCUCGCCCUGCCCGGCGUCAUGCUUGCCUAUAAGUACAGCCAGUUCCGGCAACGCCGUCGGGAGGCAGCCAGUCGACGUGUCACCGAACGGGAGCUCUCUGCGCUGCAUCAUAAAAUUGACAAGCUGCUGAGUAAGCUGGAAGAGGAGAGCGAACCCGAUCCUCCAACCUCACAGGAGGAUGAGUGUGUGAUCUGCAUCAACGCGCGUGCCACAAUGCAGACAUCGCCCUGUGGCCAUCGAGUGGUCUGUCGUCGCUGCUUCGUCAAGACCAUACAGAGCGCGGUGGCCCAGCGAUUGCUGCCACUGCGAUGCGUGAUCUGCAGGGCACGGGUGAACAGACUAACGUCAUCAUCGGGCAGCUGGCGCAUACAGGAAUCAGCCAGCAGCUACUCCAUGGGUGCCAAAAGCUGGGCCUCAGCGGGCGUGCACGCCGGUGGCGUGAUCACCUCGGCCAGCUCCUACUCCAUGAACGAUGCGCACAGCGAGCACCAUGCAUUCCAUCAGCCCACGUUGCACACGUCUGCCGCUGCUCGUCAUCACUAUGCAGCACCACGUGGCGCCCACGGUCGGGUGUCGCAAUCGGACAGCCUUUACUCGAUGAGCUCGACAGGCUCAGCGGGAUCGAGUCUGUCGGGUUACUCGCAUUAUUCCAAGACGUCUUCCAUAUCGAGCAGCGGACCGUGCUCGCCCGCCUCGCCAGCGGCGAUAACCGGGACAGCUGCUAGUGCCAAUCACCUGGCGCCACCAUCGCCCAAUGCACACCAUCAUCAGCAUCAUAAUCAGCAUCAGGUGAUCUCACCCUCUGGCUCCUCCUCGUGUUCCUCGGCCAGCGUUGGCUCGCUUUCGCCGCGUGACACUGGUGCCCAUCACUCUCAUCAUGGGGGCUGCCCCAGCGGUUGCUCUGGCGCGGUGCCACGCAAGCCGCUGCACAUGCUAAGCAAUUCCACCUCCGCCUCUGCCUCAACAUCCUCAUCCAGCAGCAGCAGUGGCAGCGGAAGUGGUAGUGGUAGCGGCGCCAUGACGCCGUUGCCCACACAUACCUAUCCAGGGCGGCGACACGUGAAGAGCCGCCUACUGGAUCUCCAGAAUCGACUGCCACCCAUCAAGGAAUUUCGCAGUCCUGCCAAAGUGCCACAUCCUUCGCCCGUGCACGUCAGUAAUCCACGUUUUCGCUACGCCUCGUAUACAAAGUCAAGCGGCCAUGAGCUGGCACCGCUGCUGCGUGAAUCGGCAUCGCCGCCUCCGCCACGUCGACCCAGUCCUAUGAAUAUACAAUUGAGCUGCACGGCAUUAGCACCGCCGCCACUCAAAGCGGGCGGCGCCAAGAUUUGCCCGGUAACCUCCAAGAAUUCGCUGCCCAAAAAUGCCUAUGUGAUGCCCAAGGAUAAGAAGCCUCAAAGUACGGGAGGAGCAGCCAAUAGCAAGGCGCCAGGUAGCAGAAGCGCACCAUUGGGUGGCAGCAACAGUUCCGCAUCGAAGGUCACAUCUGCAGGUGCGUCGGGGAGCUCUGGCGUCAGCUCUGUCGCCGCGGGUGGCAACUGCAAACCACACUCGAGCGCUUCCAGUCGCAGUUUUCCACUAUUCUCUAACAGCAGUAACAGCAGCAAAGAGAAAGCGGACAACAAGAAGAACGAGUCUAUGGAGCGUAAGAAGAAGGAGGAGAAGCUCAAGAUGAAAGCUGAAAAGGAAGCCAGAAAGGAGGAGAAACGGUUGGCCAAGGAGGAGGAGCGUAUGGCCAAAAUACUUGCCAAGGAAGAGAAGAAACGCGGCAAGAAGGAAGCUAAGGAGCUAUUAUUGGCUAACGAUGGCAAUAAUAAGAAAUAAAGUUAAUUAACGUGCAAUGUUUAAGUCAUAAGAAAGAAUAGAAGAAUAUAUUGCAUAUGUAUUAUAUCAGAGAAACACAAACACACACAUACACAUGCAUACAUACCAUAAGUAACGAGCUUGAUUGUAUUUAUGAAUAUUUGUUUAAUUAUCCGUAUAAGUCAUAUGAAUAAAUUAAUUUUCUCAACACAAGAACUACCUUAAAAUAUGAAACACAAACA